UGUAUCUAUAUUCUGAAUCCAGGCUGUGUACAAUUUUGUUGCAUUCAAUAAUAAAGAAAUUAGGGCUAAAAUGAUGAUUAGUUUGUUUACGACACAUAAUUCAGGCUCGAACUGGUUGAGAACCGUUAUUUAUAUUCAAUCUCGUAAAUUUUGAGUUAUGUGACUGGGAUCAGGAAUUUUAAAAUUUUCGGAAUAAUGUAUAUGAAAAGUGCGGGUAACACUAUAUCUAAAAUCUAUCAAGAUCGGGGAGGGGAAUUUUAGAAUUUUCGGAAUAACGUAUGCAAAAAGUGUAGAAAUUAAUUUGAAUUUCGUGAUAGCCUGAGAUGAAAUUAUGGCAAUCAAUUGUUGGCGCCUGAAGGCUUGGUAGUUGGAUUUUAUUGGGGGCGCUAGCAUGAACAUUGUCAGGGGUGUUGUUCACCUUGUUCGAAGGUGGUCUGUCGGUAACACUCCAGAGUCUGGAGUAGUGUCAUCACCGGAGAGGUUUUCGCUUCCUUGUCUACAAAUCAGAUUCAGUGAGAUUGGUGAUGAGGCAAUUCUGAAUACACUUUGGGGAAAGUACAUUGAUGCCUUUGAUAAGGUGGAAAGACAAAAAUCAUUUGUUAUGUUUUUGGAGCAGUUCUUGAUUGUGCACAAGAACUGGAAGCCUGUAGAUCCAGGGCAAUCUACAGAGGCUGCUGCAUCUGCCUUCCUGCCAGUGGAAUGUUCACAAAAUGAUGAUGUGAUGUUUGGCUGUUCUGCUGGUCACCCUGCUGAAAUAACUCUAGCCUUAACCGAAGAAAUCUCACAUAUAACUGCCAUGGUCUCUCAGUUUACACACUCGGACAUGAGUGGGGUGAUAUCAACCACAGAACGGUUGGGGACUGAUACAAGUGUAACCCUAACAUCUGAAGAGCUGGCCAUUUUGGAUGCUCUGGCCAUUGUAACUCGGUCAGUGCAUAAUUGCAACGUCUUUGGUUACUAUGGAGGGAUUGAAAAAGUCACAACAUUAUUGAAAGCGGGUGUUAUGCAACUUAAUACAAUCACCGAUGCGCUUCCAGAUGAUGAAAGUUCAUCAAACUCAAUCAUAGAAAAGAUUGCCGUUCUGCAAAAUCUACUUAGACGUGCCGUUUUAAUAAUUUGUAGCUUCAUCAAUCUACAUCCAAAUGUUUACGAAAUCUCCCAACCAUACUUUAGCUUCUCAAAGUUGAGUUUUCCAGAGGGUGGUUCAAAUAUUUUCGAAUAUCCUGGUGGGACAACAGCUUCUUCUGAAGCAUGGGUAGUUUGGCAUCAAAAGUCAGUUGUUUCAGUAAUAGAAGCUGGCGGCUUUAAUUGGUUAGUAGAGCUUUUGCUUGUAAUGCGGAGGUUGAGUAUAAAAGAACAACAAUUAGACAUGACCCUCCAUUACUUGACUCUAACAAGUCUUCGAUCGGCAUUAAGAAAUAAUCCCCAUGGUCAAAAUCAUUUUCGAAGUAUUGGUGGACUUGAAGUUCUAUUGGACGGACUUGAAUUUCCAUCAAUUGACAUAUUGGAAUCAAAGAAUUCAUCUUUUUCUACCAAGGAAAGUGGGGAGAAUGCUUCUGUGGGCAUCUUGCUGCUCCAUGUUCUUUCUUUUAAGGUUCUCAGAGAGUCUGUUUUUGGAAAUUCGAACAGUUUUCAGUUCUUAUGUGAGAACGGAAGAAUCCACAAAUUUGCAAACAGCUUUUGUGCACUUGCGUUCUUGCUUAAGGAAUACAAGCAGAAGCAGAAAAAACAGCAGAGAAAGGAAAUGUCUGUUCAGGAAAAUUUAUGUAUGCUACUUUUAGAUACCAAACAUGAUGAUAAUACAGAAAUCCAUGGUUACUGGAAUGAUUAUGUUGUCAAGUUAAGCAAAGUCCUCUUUUCGUUUCUGCUUGAUUUGGAAGAUAUAUACACUGAUGAUUUUCGAUCAUCUGCUGGUGAAAUUACCUUGCCAGUUUCUUCUGUGUAUGGUGAACUUUCGGCAAAGUGGAUCAUGCGAGUUCUUUUUACUGUAUUUCCGUGUGUGGAGGCGUGUUCUAACCAAAAUCACCUACCUAAAUAUUUAAGGUUGUUUGUCUAUGUAUUACAGCACCAUUUUCUCUUUGUCUUGAGAAAGGUUCUUAUAUCAUCACCUUCACUACUGGAUGUAUUUCGGUCAGUGGGCUUGUGGGAUUUUAUCUUUUCAGAAAAUUAUUUUUACUUUGGUUCAGUUUUAGACGACUUUGCAGCAAAUUAUAACGCAUCUAGUGGGAUUCGUUGCUGGAAUUACGAAUAUAAAUUCGAUUCCAACCUUACUGACCAUCAAGUAAACAAGAAUAUGAUCGAAAAUCUUCGAAUUGAAGUUUUUUCUUUAAUGGAGUUUGCCGCAACUUUAACUGGAAAUGUACAUAAUUUGCCGGAAUGUUCAGUUUUGCUCAACUCCCUUGAACAUUCUUCGUGUGAUCCUGGACUUACUGGUUCUAUUGCAAGAUGCCUAUUUCAAAUUUAUCAGAGUUCAGCUGAAAAAACUGCCGCCUCUUUCAAGACUCUUGAUGCGGUUCCGCGGCUGCUUAAAGUUGCUUGUAUACAGGUCUGUGAAUCCAGAAGGCCAGACUGUAAUUAUGCAGCAUCUAGAGGAUUUGGAAAUCCUACUUCACAAGUAGUAGUGCAAAAUUGGCAUGCAAGCUUGGAAACAUGUAUGGAGCUCUUUGGGAAGUACUUCUCAGCCACAGAAGAUGCAAGAAGUUUAAUUUUGUGUAGCUCUAGUUGUAUUGAUUGCCUCUUUGAAUUAUUCUGGGAAGAAAAUUUGAGAGAUCGUGUGCUUGCUUAUGUUCUUGACCUUAUGAAGAUCAUUCCCUUUGCAAAUAAAGACCAAACUGCCGAGUUGUACUUAUGCUCCAAGUAUUUAGAAACAUUUACCCAUGUGAAGGAACGGGAGAGAAGCUGUUCAGAAUUGUUGAUCAAUUUAUUGCUUGGUUUGAUGGAUGUGCUCCAAUUGAACAAAAGGUAUUAUCAGGCUUUGUUUCGUGAUUGUGAGUGCUUUUUACAUAUCUUAUCCCUGUUGAAUGGAAACCUCAAGGGGGAAAAUAAUGAGAAGCUGGCUUUAAGUGUUCUUGAAACUCUGACCUCCCUGCUUACAAACAAUGAUGCCUCAAAGGAUGCAUUUAGAGCUCUGGUAGGCAAGGGUUAUCUUACUUUGCAGAGUUUGCUAUUGGACUUUUGUCAACGGCGGCCUAGUCAAGGUCUUUUAUAUGCUUUGCUCGACAUGCUUGUUGAUGGAAAGUUUGAUAUGAAAACAAAUUCCGUCAUUAAGAAUGAAGAUGUGAUCCUACUGUAUCUGAGGGUUUUGCAGAAGAGCAGUCAUGCCUCACGCUAUCAUGGACUCGAAUUGUUUCUUCAAUUGCUCAAAGAGUCGAUAUCCAAUCGAGCUUCAUGUGUCAAAGCAGGAACACUUAACUUUCUUAUUGAUUGGUUUUCUCAAGAAGAAGAUGACGGCAUGAUCCUGAGACUGGCACAACUCAUUAAGAUUACUGGUGGCCACAGUAUAUCUGGAAAGGAUAUACGUAAAAUAUUCACUCUUCUUCGUAGUGAGAAAGUAGGCAUUGGGGAGCAGUACAGUUCACUAUUAUUGCCCAGCAUUUUAUCCAUGCUGAAUGAAAAAGGACCAACAGCUUUUUUUGAUCUUAGUGGCAACAAUUCUGGGAUAAUAAUUAAAACUCCUGUGCAUUGGCCUUUAUAUAAGGGAUUUUCAUUUUCUUGUUGGCUUAGGGUAGAAAAAUUCCCAAGUAAUAGUACAAUGGGGCUGUUCAGUUUUCUCACAGAAAAUGGAAGAGGCUGUCUGGCUACUGUGACAAAAGGCAAGCUGCUUUAUGAGUCCGUAAACCAGAAACGAAAAUCUGUUUCUCUGAAUCUUAAUCUCUUUACAAAAAAAUGGCAGUUUCUCUGUUUAACCCAUAGCAUAGGGAGAGCCUUUUCAGGGGGUAGCCAAGUGAGGUGUUAUGUUGAUGGAGUCCUUGUAUCAUCAGAGAAAUGCAGCUAUGCAAAAAUUAAUGACACUCUAACGAGUUCCUCAAUUGGCACAAAGGUAGAUCUGCAUUCAAAUGAUGAUGAAAAUACCGUAGCCUGCAUCAAUGAGUCAUCUCCUUUUUUGGGUCAAAUCGGUCCAAUAUAUAUGUUCAACGAGCCACUUAGUCCUGAACAAGUGAAGGGAAUGUAUGUCUUAGGACCAAGUUAUAUGUACUCAUUCCUUGACAAUGAAAAGGCAUUUCAAUCAGAUAAUCCGGUGCCUGGAAGGAUAUUUGAUGCUCGAGACGGCCUAGCAUCAAAAUUAACUUUUGGAAUUAAUGCCCAGGCUUGUAAUGGUAGAACACUAUUCAAUGUUUCACCUAUGAUGGGACAUGGCAUAGUCAGGACAUCAUUUGAAGCAACUGUCAUGUCUGGUACACAGUUAUGUUCGCGGAAGUUGUUGCAGCAGAUCAUAUAUUGCGUUGGGGGAGUGUCUGUGUUUUUCCCUCUUUUUACUCGUUUUGAGUUGUAUAAAAUUGAAGAAAGUGAAGUAGUGGGACAUAGUUUCUUAAUUCCUACCAGAAAACAACGUCUAACUGCCGAAUUUAUCAAACUUAUUGCUUCUGUCCUAGAUGAAAAUUUAGUUAACCAACAACAGAUGCUUCAUCUUUCUGGGUUUUCAAUUCUGGGAUUCUUGUUGCAGUCGGUUCCUCCCCAAAAACUUAAUUUGGAAAUGCUCUCAGCUCUAAAAUAUAUGUACAACGUUGUUGCAAAUUGUGGUUUGUCUGAGAUGCUUACAAAAGAUGCCAUCUCUAGUAUAUUUCUUAAUCCCGUCAUAUGGGUCUACACAGUUUACAAUGUGCAACGUGAAGUAUACACGUUUCUCAUCCAACAAUUUGAUAAUGACCCAAGAUUGCUUCAGAGUUUAUGUCAUCUUCCUCGUAUUCUUGAUAUAAUACGCCAUUUUUACUCGGAUGAUCCAAAAUUUCAAUCUAUUGUAGGAGUGGGAGGUAAACCCUUUCUUCAUCCAAUGACAAACCAGGUUGUUGGGAAAAGACCAAGUAAAGAAAAACACCAUAGAAUCCGUCUUCUUCUACUAAGUCUUGGUGAGAUGAGUUUAAGGCAGAGCAUUGCAGUAACAGAUAUAGAUGCCCUCAUAGCUUUUUUCGAGACUAGUCAAGAUAUGGGUUGUAUUGAAGAUGUUUUACAUAUGCUUAUUCGUGCUGUUGACCAGAACCAAUUAUUUGCCUCAUUUCUGGAACAAAUCAAUUUAAUUGGUGGUUGUCACGUUUUCGUCAAUCUUCUGGAGAGGGAUUAUGAGCCCAUCAGAUUGCUUGCCUUGCAGUUUAUGGGAAAACUUUUGGUUGGUAUUUAUUCCCAUAAAACAGCAUUGAAAUUCUUUAGCGCAACUACGGGAAGAUCAAAAUCUCUUUCAGACAGACAUAGAAAGCUUGGUCUGCAGAUGCUACCUAUAUUUUCUGUCAUAUCAGAUAAGCUAUUUAGGUUUCCUCAAACAAAUAACCUUUGUACAGCAUUAUUUGAUACUCUACUUGGUGGUGCUGGUCCCGAACAGGUUUUGGAUAAACAAGAUCAGUUUGAGAAGCAGAGAGGCAGGUUGAAAAAACCACAGAUCUUUCUUCCUCAAAUCUUGCCUCUCAUAUUCAGAUUCUUUUCAGGCUGCAAGUCUGUAACCAAAAGAAUAAAUAUCAUUAAAGAUAUACUUGACAUUCUUGAUACCAGUUCUUCAAAUGUCGAAGCUUUUUUGGAUUAUGGAUGGAAUGCAUGGUUAGCAGCUUCAGUGAAGUUUGAUGUGCUAAAAAAUUAUAAAAGGGAGUCACAAGUUCAAGUAGUCAGUGAAAUGAGUGAGCAAACUCUUUUCAGGAAGCUCUUUUGUGUCGUCCUUCGUCAUUGUAUGCAGUCUAUUAAAGGGGGGUGGCAACAUUUAGAAGAGACAGCAAUUUUUUUACUUAUGCAUCGUGAACAAGAUGGCAUUUCAUAUCAGUACCUCCUCCGUGAUAUAUAUGAGGAUUUAGUUCAGAGGUUGGUAGAAUUAUCUUCUGAGGAGAACAUUUUUUUUGCGCAACCAUGUCGGGACAACAUCCUGUACCUCUUGAAACUGGUUGAUGAUUUGCUGAUCUCUGAAAUUGAUGCUAAGCUUCCGUUUCCUGCUGGCUUGGCCGAAUUUUCGACAGACUCCCUAGAAUUAGAUAGUCACAUGGAUCUGGGUUCUGCUUUGUAUGAGGCUUUAAAUGGAGAAUAUGAUGACCAACAAGGCAGUAAUGCUAUGGGACAUGCCACUUCUGAAAAUAAUAUGAUUGAGGAAGAGCGGUGGACAAUAUAUGACAAGCUUUGGAUAAUUAUUAGAGAGAUGCAUGGCAAAGGGUCAAGAAAGUUACGAAAAUUAUCUUCAGGUGUCGGAGCAUCAUUUGGCCAGAGAGCGCGUGGUUUGGUAGAAUCCCUAAAUAUUCCUGCUGCCGAGAUGGCUUCAGCCGUUGUGUCAGGAGGAAUUAGCAAUGCUCUGGUUGGAAAAACAAAUAAACCAGUAGAUAAAGCCAUGCUAUUAAGGGGGGAAAAUUGCCCAAGAAUCACAUACCGAUUACUGGUCUUAUAUCUGUGCGAAUCUUCUCUAGCAAGAUGUUCUCAAUGUGUACAGCUGGUUAUUCCUCUUCUGCCCAAUCUUCUGACGGUCAUUGAUGAGCAGAGUAAAAGCAGACUGCAACUUUUCAUUUGGUCAUUGCUAAUUAUCAGGAAAAAAUAUGGGAUGCUCGAUGCUGGGGCUCGGCUUUAUAAAAUUUCACACCUACUUCAAGAAACGAUUAAAUAUGGGAGAUCUUUGCUAGUCACCACUCUCUCUGGCAGAGAUGAUUUAUCAGAUUUAAGCAGUGAUCUAGGAGACAGUGGAGCAAUUUAUAAUCUUAUCCAGAAGGAUCGAGUGCUUGCCGCGGCUUGGAGAACAUCUACAAUUUUGGUCUGUAAAGUGACACGAAUUUUUUAUCAGGUUUCCGAUGAAGUAAAAUAUGUGAAGACUUCAAAAACUGAUCAAGCCAGACAGUUGCAUGAGCUCCGCACAAGAAUCAAUGAAAAUAUGUUAUCUGAUGUAAGCCAUACAAAAUCUUUCGAAGAUGAGAUGCAGAAUAGUUUAAAUAAAGCUCUUGCUUCAGAUAAUAGUAGAAGAGAUUCCUUUCAGCUAGCUUAUGAUGAAGAGCAACAAAUCGUUUCUGACAAAUGGAUGCACACACUUCGUACUUUAAUUGAUGAGAGGGGUCCAUGGUCCGCUAUGCCCUUUCCAAAUAGCAGCAUACUACACUGGAAACUUGACAAGACAGAGGAUGCAUGGCGGCGUAGGCAAAAGUUGAGGCAGAAUUAUUAUUUUGAUAAAAAGCUUUGCUAUCCCCACUCCAGUAUACCAAGCACUGAGGGAACUGAUCGUGUUGAUGAAAGCAAAUUUGGUAUCGGAUCACAUAUUCCCGAGAAAAUGAAGCAGUUUCUACUGAAAGGAAUUCGUCAAAUAACCGAGGAAGGGCCAUCUGAAACAAUUGAAAACGAAUCUGAAUCUUUUUUGCUGAAAGCAUCUGCUUCUGAGGAUCAUUUAGAUGAAAGACAUUUUGAGGCACAUAUAGACAGCAGCAAUCUGAAGGAUUAUGCUUUUGGCAAAAAAGAGCCUUCCUUACGAGCAACAGAGGCAGAACCUAGUAAGGUUUUAAUGUCUGUACCCUCUGUGCUUAUAACUCCAAGGAGAAAAUUAGCUGGUAAUCUGGCAGUAAUGAAAAAUUUCUUGCAUUUUUUUGGCGAGUUUUUAGUGGAAGGGACAGGAGGGUCAUCUAUUUUCGAGAAUUUGAACACAUCAGAAAAUUUUUGUGCGAACAAGCCUGACCAGAUGAGGGUAAAACGAAAGUUUCUUAUUAGUUUAGAUAUGGAUUCUGAGAGAGGCAAUGACAUUAAUAGUCUGAAUGCCACUCAUGGCAGUGGUCUUGAGAAACAGGCCAAAACUAUAAAGCGUCACAGAAGAUGGAACGUUUCCAAGAUAAAGGCUGUACACUGGACUCGGUAUUUGCUUAGAUACAGCGCAAUAGAGAUUUUCUUCGACAAUCCGGUUGCUCCUGUUUUUUUAAACUUUGCAUCAAAGAAGGAUGCAAAAGAUAUUGGAACCUUGAUAGUUGCCACAAGGAAUGAAUCUAUGUUUCCAAAAGGGUAUAAAGAUAAGAAUAGAGUAAUAUCCUUUGUUGAUAGACGUGUAGCAAUGGAUAUGGCAGAAACUUAUAGUGAGAGCUGGAGGAGAAGGGAUAUUACCAAUUUUGAGUAUUUAAUGAGGCUCAAUACCCUUGCUGGAAGGACUUACAAUGACUUGACUCAGUAUCCUGUUUUUCCAUGGGUACUUGCUGACUAUUCCUCUGACAGUCUUGAUUUCAGCAAGUCAUCAACUUUUCGGGAUCUUACAAAACCUGUUGGGGCACUGGAUCCAAAACGGUUUCGGGUUUUCGAGGACAGAUAUCAUAGCUUUUCUGAUCCUGAUAUUCCCAAUUUCUAUUAUGGAUCUCACUACUCCAGCAUGGGGAUUGUGUUAUUUUAUCUUCUUCGGUUGGAGCCGUUUACAUCUCUUAACCGCAGUUUGCAGGGCGGGAAAUUUGACCAUGCGGACCGCCUUUUUCAAAGCAUUGAAGCGACUUAUAGGAACUGCCUCUCUAAUACAAGCGAUGUGAAAGAGUUGGUUCCUGAAUUCUUUUAUAUGCCUGAAUUUCUUCUCAAUUUGAACUCUUAUCAUUUUGGAGUGAAGCAAGACGGCAAACCAUUAUCAGAUGUUUGCCUCCCUCCUUGGGCCAAGGGCUCGCCUGAAGAGUUUAUAAGCAAAAAUCGAGAGGCCCUUGAAAGUGAAUAUGUUAGCUCACAUCUUCAUCACUGGAUUGAUCUAGUAUUUGGUUACAAGCAGCGUGGAAAAGCAGCUGUAGAGGCUGCAAAUAUAUUCUACUAUUUAACUUAUGAAGGAACCGUUGAUCUGGACACAGUGGAGGAUGAGUUGCAACGAUUAGCUAUAGAAGAUCAAAUUGCGAAUUUUGGUCAAACUCCAAUACAAAUAUUCCGCAAAAAGCACCCAAGAAGAGGGCCACCGAUUCCAAUUGCUCACCCUUUACGCUUUGCCCCUGGUUCUAUUAAUUUGACUUCCAUUGUGUCAAGUAGAAGUGAUACAACAUCAGCUGUUGUGCAUGUUGAUGUCCUUGACUCUAACCUUCUUCUCGUGAACCAGGGCCUAAUCAUGUCUGUCAAGAUAUGGUUAACACCCCAACUGCAAUCAGCUGGGAACUUCACUCUCUCUGGCACACAGGAUCCCAUAUUCAGAAUCGGUUCAGAUAUCCUCUCUUCUCGUAAAAUUGGUAGCCCUUUGGCUGAAUAUAUUGAACUGGGAGCACAAUGCUUUGCGACCUUGCAGACGAUACCUGAAAAUUUUCUAAUUACAUGCGGGAACUGGGAAAAUAGCUUUCAGGUCAUAUCUCUAUUUGAUGGAAGGAUGGUGCAAAGCAUUAGACAACAUAAAGAUGUUGUAAGCUGUGUUGCAGUGACUUCUAAUGGAAGCAUCCUUGCUACUGGGAGUUACGAUACGACGGUUAUGGUUUGGGAUGUUGUUCGGGCAAGGACACCGGAAAGGAGAAUUCAACGCAAAGACCAUGUCAUUGCUGGAACGCCCUUUCACAUUUUGUGCGGGCAUGAUGAUGUGAUCACUUGCUUAUAUGUAAGUUCAGAACUUGACGCUGUCAUAAGUGGAUCUAAAGACGGAACAUGUAUUGUCCAUACCCUGAGAGAUGGACGAUAUGUAAGAUCUCUUCGGCAUCCUUCUGGUAUCCCAGUGUCAAAGCUCGUCGCUUCUCAUCAUGGACGGAUAGUAUUUUACGCUGAUGAGGAUCUCAGUCUACACCUGUAUUCUAUUAACGGAAAGCAGCUAGCUACAGCUGAAUGCAAUGGCCGACUACAUUGCAUCAAACUGAGUAGUUGCGGAGAGUUUAUGCUUAGUGCAGGAGACCAGGGGCAGAUUGUGGUACGCUCUAUGAAGUCACUGGAGGUUAUUCAAAGGUAUAAUGGUGUCGGAAAGGUAAUAACUGCGUUAACUGUGACACCGGAGGAAUGUUUCUUGGCUGGUACCAAUGACGGAACCCUCCUGGUGUACUCGAUGCAAAAUGCGCAACACUACAGGGGUAGUGUCCAUCGGAAUCAGAAAUUUGGAUGUUAAGUUUAAGUACCACACUCGCAGGUGCUUCAACAGUGGCAGAUCACUGAUUUUACAAAUGCUACUAGGCAGAAUCUUCUGAAAACAAAAGGUUGUUUUACUCCGACAGGAUUUCACGGAUGCUCCAUAGACAGAAUCUUCUGAAAAUAAAUAGUUGUUUUACACAACGGGAUAAAUGAGUUGCUGCCGGUAAGAUGUGUACUAUCAGCUAUUUCGUUUCGUGGCUGGAAGUCCGACUAUAUAAAUCAUAUAGUAGUACUAAUAUUUUGCAGAAACUAAAGAAAUAACAGUUUUGAAUAUAAAUUAGUUCUAAAAAAUUAUUUAGAGAAAUUUGAAAUAUCUUUUUCAAUUAAA